GUUCGCCUUAUUCUUUUAAGAAGCAAUUUUGAAAAAUGUGCCUUGAGAGUGUUACAAUUUACACUACUUUGACAUGACAUGUAAUUAAUGAGUCCUAACGGUUUGCUUAGUUAAGCCAUCUUUCCCCCCUUCCAAGCUAACGACUCAAACACGAGUCAGCUCUGACGAGCUGAAGGUGUAAGGUCGUAGCUCUUUUGGCUGAGGGAGACAUGUGUCACACUCUAAGUGACCGUGCAUUGGUGGCUGUUAGAUUGGAAAGAUCCUGGUCGUUGAGGGCCUUAAUGAGGCCCUACGAUAUAAGCCUCAAGACUCCACUCCUUAAACACUUUUGCCUUUGAUAAGGGUUUUGAGGGUCUCCUCAUUUGUUAGUUCAGCAGAUGCCAAAGUUUUGUCCAACCUCUCUCUGUAUAUAGAGAUCUUCUGUUUUUCCAUAGUUAUCUUCGAGCAAACCGCAGGUUGCCUUGUCUAUAAUCCUCAAAUGAGCAAUCAACCUGUAUGAUUGCA